AUGGCAAGCUCAAGUGAUACAAUAGAGAAGUCCACUACUUCCCGUAUUCCAUGUACAUAUUGCCCGAAAACUUUUGCUUUUCGGAGUGGACUGUCAAGACACAUCAAGACAGAUCACCAUGAAGAGCAUGAAAGCAGCUACAACAACUGCUGCCACAUAUGCAAUGCCAAAUACGCUUCAAUAUCAGUCCUAACAACGCAUCUUAAAGAGCAACAUGCCAUGACAAUACCAAUCGAAACUCACAGUUUUAGCAGUGUAGAUGAAUUUGAGCAGUGGAAGUCAGAAGAAGAGAAGAAGUGCAAGUCACAUUAUGUGCAGCACACAUCUAGCCAAUUUCAUCAGUCAAGGAAGUGUUGGAAGUUGUAUUGCAACAGAUCAGGAAAAUAUCAACCAAGGGGUGAUGGUAAACGCGUAUUGAAAAGCCAGGGUUUUAGUAAAAUUGGAAAUGUUUGCAUAGCAAACAUGAAAGUGACACAGGACACUAUAUCAGGGAAUGUUACAGUGGAGUAUUACCCUGUUCACAAUAGCCAUUCUAUAGAUAUUGCACACUUACCUAUUCCAGAAAGCGUAAAGCUCAACAUAGCAGCUAAAUUACAGCAAGGUGUACCAAUUGACAGAAUUUUAGAUGAUAUGAGGGAUAGAAUGUCAAACGAUGGAGCUAGUGGACCUGAGCUGUUACUUUCCAAGCAAGACAUUCAUAAUUUAAAACGCUUACUAAAUUUGCAAGGUAUAAUGAAGCACAGUAAUGAUUAUGAAAGCACAUGUGCUUGGGUAGAGGAAUUAAAAGCAAAGCAUUACAAUCCUGUCAUUGUGUUUAAGCCUCAAGGAAAAGAGCAGACAGGUAGUGUAAAUGACUUAGCAAAAGAUGACUUCCUUCUGGCUAUACAAACAGAAUUCCAAAAAGAUGCUUUGCAGCAAUAUGGUAAUAAUGUAAUAAUGAUGGAUGCAACUCAUGGUACAACUCAGUACAAUUUUCUUCUCAUAUCAAUUUUAGUCAUCGAUGACCAUGGCACUGGUCUGCCUGUUGCUUGGGCUGUUAGUAACCGUGAAGACAGCAUGUUGCUAAUGCAAUUUUUGAUUGUUGUAAAUGAAAGAGUUGGUAGUCUUACACCGAAAUAUUUUAUGUCAGACUGUGCUGAACAAUAUUUCACAGCAUGGUGUGGUACAUUUGGACAUAAUAACACUCAAAAACUGGUGUGUAUCUGGCAUGUUGAUCGUGCAUGGCGAAAAUCACUACAAACACAUGUGAACAGUCAGCAAAAUAGGGUAGAGAUAUAUCACCAUUUGUGUGUCUUGCUUCGUGAAACAGACCAAAGUAAUUUUAUACUAAAGCUGCAGCAGCUAAUGUCUUAUUUACACGAAAACCACCAUGAAUUUUUUGAAUAUUUUAAUACGUACUAUGUGCCACACAAAGAGGAGUGGGCUACAUGCUUUCGAAUUGGCACCAUUGUAAAUACCAACAUGUUUGCAGAGUCGUUUCACAGGUUACUUAAAGUAGUGUACCUGGAGGGAAAACAAAACCGACGCGUUGAUUGUUUAUUGUUCACUUUGCUCAGACUUUCACGCAAUUUGGUUUUUGACCAAAUUCAGAAGACAGAAAAAGGGAAAAUGACUCAUAGAAAAUCUGAAAUUAAUAAGCGACAUGCAUCUGCUGAAGAGAGUCUGAAUAAGGCUUUGUACACUACCAUAUCAGAAGAAAAUUCCUCUUGGGAAAUACAAUCUUUUACUUCAGCUGAUGCCAGCAUACAUUACACAGUCUGCAAGCACAUCCACAUCAUUCACAUGAAAGAAAGUGAUGAGUCGAAAUCAAUGAGCAAUACGGAGAGGAGCACUGAAGCCACUGUACCAUUUGACAGACAAUACUUUUCAAAGGCACACCAAGGGAUUAAUACAGUUGGUAGCACUAGUGAUGCUGAAAAGGUAAAAAAAGAAAUUACUAGCUUUAUGCAUGAAACCGAAUCAUUACUGAGUGCAUGUGAUGAUAUCGGCACAAUGGAAGCAGUGAAACAACACAUGAAAUCUGCAAUUGCAGUUCUUAAGGCAAACCCCGGCCAUGAGGACGGGGUCUGA